AGGGCCAAUAACAUGGUCCAUUAAUAUUCGGUGAAACGGCACCGCUUUGUUGAGCCGUAUGCAAACUAGGGUUUUCUUAUUUGUGCUUAUUUUAACUUGAGCUCUUCCAUUCUGUAUCCUCUCUUCGGCGCGCUUCUGCUUUCCUUCAAUCCAAUCCAGGUAAGGGCUAAGGCAAGAGGGAGUGAAAAUGGUUGAGAAAACAAGAGGAAGAAAGGAAGAGGUGGUGACCAGGGAGUACACCAUCAACCUUCACAAGCGCCUCCAUGGCUGCACAUUCAAGAAGAAGGCUCCCAAGGCUAUACAGGAGAUCAGGAAGUUUGCAGAAAAAGCAAUGGGGACAAAGGAUGUGAGAGUCGAUGUCAAGCUGAACAAACACAUCUGGAGCCGAGGGAUCCGAAGUGUUCCUAGAAGGAUUAGGGUCCGCAUUGCUCGCAAGAGAAAUGAUGAUGAAGAUGCAAAGGAAGAGCUCUACUCUCUAGUAACUGUUGCUGAAAUCCCAGCUGAAGGAUUGAAGGGUUUGGGCACUAAGGUCAUUGACGAUGAUGAUGAGUAAUUUAUUGAUGUUUAGUUCUAUGAAAAACUUGCAUUUAUUCACCAAGAAAUUUACCCAGAGUUUUGGCUAGUGUUAUAUUUGUGACCUGUGAGACAUCAUUCUACGAAUAUUUUGGUUAAUUGUUGUCAAGACUAUUUAAGCUUGUUCCUUGUGCAAUUGAAAUUUCCGGCAGAUUUUAGAGUA